UCAUAUUUUUCAUUUUUGACAUUUCUCAAGAGAAAGCCAACGAGUUGCAAGCUCACCUGUUUCAUUUAAUUCCAUACCUACGUACAGAAGAUUUUGAACUUUUGGUCAAUAACAGCCACACAGCAAUUCUGUGGCCGUGCACAAAAGAACCGGGACAAUCCAUGGUUUUAAUAAUUUGUUCUCAGGAAGCUGGAAGCUGAUUUGGAUAUCCUGGCUUUUCAUUUUCAAUGGAGUAUUUGGGAUUUCCAGUGGUGUUUGCUUUGCUUUUUGGAACAAUUCUUUCUUUGUUGCUCACAAUGCGCAGGAAGAAGAAUUCAAGUGCAACAUCUUUGACAAUGCAUGCUCAGAGCGCCCUACUUAAUGAGAAUGAUAGUGAAGGGAAGGAAGAAACAGACGUUAUUGUUGUUGGAGCAGGCGUUGCGGGUUCAGCUCUCGCUUACACUCUUGGCAAGGAUGGAAGACGUAUUCAUCUUCUUGAGAGAGAUUUGACUGAACCUGACAGAAUUGUAGGGGAGCUUUUACAGCCAGGCGGUUACUUGAAACUUGUUGAGCUUGGUCUUGAAGAUUGUGUUAAAGGAAUUGAUGCCCAACGUGUGCUGGGCUAUGGGUUGUUUAAGGAAGGAAAACAUACUAAAGUCUCUUAUCCAUUGGAAGGACACAAUGCAGACGUGGCUGGCCGUAGUUUCCACAAUGGACGCUUCAUUCAGCGCCUACGAGAAAAGGCUUCUUCUCUGCCAACGGUUCGAUUGGAGCAAGGAACUGUACUUUCAUUGAUUGAAACGAAUGGAAUUGUGAAGGGUGUGAGGUACAGGUCUACAUCUGGGGAGGAACGUGAAGCAUUAGCCCCUCUUACUAUUGUUUGUGAUGGAUGCUUUUCAAAUUUAAGACGUUCCCUUUGUAAUCCAAAGGAACUGGAACCCGGUAUGGCGGAAUGGCAAUUUUUUUUUCCUUGGGUAGAUGUUCCUUCAUGUUUUGUGGGUCUUGUGCUGGAAAACUGUGAGCUUCCGUACCCUAAUCAUGGACAUGUCAUAUUAGCAGACCCUUCUCCUAUUUUAUUCUAUCCAAUUAGCAGCACAGAGGUUCGUUGCUUAGUUGAUGUACCGGGACAAAAGGUUCCAUCUGUUGCCAGCGGAGAAAUGGCAAAAUAUUUACGAACUGUGGUGGCUCCUCAGCUUCCAGAGCAACUACAAACACCAUUCUUAGCUGCUAUAGAAAGUGGGAACAUACGAACUAUGCCAAACAAGAUCAUGCCAGCCUCACCAUUGCCUAGGCCUGGAGCUCUUCUACUGGGGGAUGCUUUCAAUAUGAGGCAUCCGUUAACUGGUGGAGGAAUGACCGUUGCAUUGUCUGACAUUGUGGUUCUUGAAAGGCUUUUUAAACCUCUUUGUAAUCUUCAUGAUGCUUCAGCACUCUGUGAAUAUGUGGAAUCAUUUUACACUCUACGCAAGCCUGUUGCAUCAACCAUAAAUACAUUGGCAGGUGCUCUGUAUAAGGUCUUCUGUGCUUCACCUGAUCAGGCGAUGAAAGAGAUGCAACAAGCAUGUUUUGACUAUUUAAGUUUGGGAGGCGUGUUUUCCUCUGGACCUGUAGCCUUGCUUUCUGGCCUUAAUCCAAGGCCACUGAGUUUGGUUGUACAUUUCUUUGCAGUGGCUGUAUAUGGUGUUGGUCGUCUACUGUACCCUUUUCCUUCACCAAAACAAUUCUGGCUAGGAGCCCGCCUGCUUUUGGGUGCCUCCAAUAUAAUUUUUCCAAUUAUUAAGGCAGAAGGGGUCAGACAGAUGUUCUUUCCGAAUACAGUUCCUGCAUAUUACAGGGCACCACCUGCACAUAGCAUCCAAGAGAGGAGCAACGGCUAGCGAUUAUAUGGAAUGAAUGCUAUGUCUAUCAUUAAUUGAUUGUACCUCGUGUAUCCAUAUUGAAAAAAUCCAUACCAUACUUUUUUAUGCUAUUCAGAUCACCAUGCGAAAUGUGCAUGGAUGAUUCAACAUUUGAAAUGUUUAAAUUCACAUAUCAAAGUUGAUUCAUCUUGUGAUAUGAAGGUGUAUUAACACAAUAGACCUGAAUUAAUUUGAUUUGCAAUGAGAACAGAUGCUUGAUUUCAAUGAAUUACCAAAUUGGAAAAGCCACACAUCUAUUGCACUAGGUGUUUAGUAUUUCCGAUUUUAAGAUUUUGCUGAUC